AUGGACGAAGACCUAUAUGAUGAAUUUGGUAAUUUAAUAGGAGGCGAUUCUCCUCAGGUGGAAGACAAUGAUGAACCAAUGGAUCUUGGGGGAAUUCGAACCUUCGAGAACCACCACACCGAUUCAACCGCACUUGUGAAGAGCGAGCUUGAUGCUGCGUUUGAUGAGGACGUUGAAAUAUUGGUAGAAACAAAGGAUCAGCAGUCUUUGGAAACACCAUUGGUUGAGCCUGAAGCAGACAUGAAAAGCGAAUUUGCUUUGUAUACCACCAUCAACAAGAAGAUUCCCCAGACAACCUUUGAUAGAGAAUAUAUGCUAGAACUACUGAAAAUUCCCGAGAGGAUAAUAAAUGUCGCGGUGAUAGGACCAUUACAUUCCGGAAAAACCUCUUUGUUGGAUUUGAUUGCACUUGAAAGCCACAAAGAUCUUCCCUACGUUUCUCGAAAUGUCAAGCAGGGAUGGAGGCCACUUAGAUAUAUGGACAAUACGAAACUCGAAAUAGAUAGGGGAAUAUCUUGUAAACUGAAUGGUCUAACAACUUUGGGAACCAACUUGAACAACAAAUCUACUGCGUUUACUUUUCUGGACUCCCCUGGACAUUUUGCAUUCGCAGACGAAACAGCUGUUGCUCUGGCAGCUGCAGACUGCUGCUUGAUCGUAAUAGAUGCCGUUGAGGGCAUAACAUCUAUUGUUCAACAUUUAAUAAAACAAGCUGAAAAGAAUAAGCUUCCGAUGAUUUUUAUGCUAAACAAGAUCGAUCGACUUAUUUUGGAGCUCAAGCUUCCGCCCAAAGAUGCAUUUUUAAAAUUGAGCUUCAUCAUUGACCAGAUAAAUACAUUUGCCAAGAAUGUUUAUUCGCCCGAGUUAGGUAACGUCAUUUUUGGAUCUACUAAAUUGGGCUUCACUUUCACAAUUAAAGAAUUCGUUAUUCAGAAUUAUGGGAAUCAUCUAGAUGCGCGUGGAGUUGAACUCUUCACAGAGAGAUUAUGGGGUGAUGUGUACUCUCAUGGUGGUUCGUUUUCUACAAACCCUAAUGCUCAUUCUACGACAACUUUUGUAGAGUUCAUCCUAUUGCCAAUUUACAAAGUUUUCACCAACUCACUAACCAAUGAACCACAAAAUUUAUCGAGUAUUUUGAAGAAGGAAUUCAAAAUCGGUUUGGCGCCAGAUAAGUUUCAUCUGGAUCCACUUCCACUACUGCGACAUGUCCUCAAACUAAUAUUUGGAACCCAAAAAGGCUUAAUACAUUCUAUAAACUCUUCAUGCCUUCCAUCCAGUGAGAUGUCUCUUCCCAAGCAGCAUGAAUUUGGUAUUGCGUCAAAUGAAGAUCCUACAGUAGCCCACGUUCUCAAACAUGUCGAUUAUUGCGGACAAUUCUGGUCGCUUGUUCGAGUUUACAAGGGAACAUUAACCACCUCUAGCAAUAUUAGACUUGUAGAAGCGGGUAAUCUGGGUGACGAUACUGUAAAGGACGUGAAAAUUGAGCGGAUUGCACUUUUGGGUGGAAGAUAUACUUUGCCAGUAGACUGUGCAUCAGAAGGUCAAAUCGUUCUUCUCAAAGGUCUAGGCGAAUUCUAUACAAAGUCCGGCACUCUAUCAUCGUCAGGUUCUGUUUGCUUUCGUCCAUUGGACUAUAUUAAUGGUUCUGUUUUCAAGAUUGUCAUCCAGCCUUAUCAUCCACGAGAGCUACCUCAAAUGCUUGAUGGCUUGAACAAAAUCAAUAUGCUUUAUCCUGGAGUGGUCAUAAAUGUCGAGGAAACUGGGGAAAAUGUGAUUUUAGGCUCUGGUGAACUCUAUCUAGAUUGUUUGAUGUAUGAAUUGCGAACAAACUAUGCUGGUAUCGAGAUUCGAACAUCAAAUCCUUUGACAAAGUUCUCCGAGAGUUGUUCUAACGAGUCUUUUGCUGCGAUACCCGUCAAAACUUCAAGUGGACAAGUUACGUUAUGCAUUGGUGCCCAAAGAAUGGACCGCAAGCUUGUGCAAGAUCUCGAAAAAGGUGUGAUAAAAGACUCAGAUCUGAGAGACCGUCGAACAUUGUCCAAAGCGCUAAGGCAACAGUAUGGAUGGGACUCGUUAGAAGCUAGAAAUGUGUGGAGUUUUCACAAUGGCAACGUUUUAGUCAAUGAUACAAUCCCCGAUGAGGUGGACAGGGAUGUGCUCGCGAACGUCAAAGAUGCCAUCAUACAAGGCUUUCAGUGGUCAACGAAGGAGGGUCCUUUAGCAGAGGAGCCCAUUUAUGGUGUUCAUUUUCGAUUGCUCAAUGUUGAUGUAGUGGGAGAUGUUUAUGCUGGUCAACUCAUUCCUUUGGCCCGUAAAGCAUGUUAUGUAGCACUCCUUACUGCUCAGCCGGUUCUUCUCGAACCUAUUUAUGAAGUUGACGUAGUUGCGCAUGAGAUCUUGUCUGAAAUCCUUGAGGAGCUGUUUCAGAAACGACGUGGUGGGCGCAUUUAUCAAAGAGUUCGCAUCCCUGCUACCUCUCUAGUGGAAAUCAAAGCACAAUUACCAGUGAUAGAAUCGGCUGGAUUUGAAACAGACCUGAGACUUGCAACAAACGGCGGUGGAAUGUGUCAAUUACACUUCUGUAACAAGAUCUGGAGAAAAGUGCCAGGUGACGUGAUGAAUGAAGAUGCAUUCAUUCCAAAAUUGAAACCAGCACCGAUUGAAAGCUUGAGCCGUGAUUUUGUUAUGAAGACUAGACGUAGAAAGGGCCUUUCUUCUGAAGGUUACAAUUCAAAGGAUGGCCCUUCGCUGUCUAAGUACAUCGAAGCAGAACUUUAUGAAAAGUUGAAAGAAAACGAGUUAGUGUAG